GGCGCGCACGGUUUCGGAGUGGGUGUUUCUCUGUCGCGGAAGUAUAAUCGGCGAUUUAAAUGGAGGUCCGUCGUGAAACGAUAGUCGUGUGAUCGACAUGCCGAGUAGGCACACUGCGAGAAAGUAAAGUGGUACAAUUCUCCUGAGAAAAUCGCGAAGUUUCGGAAAAAGGAGAAGUGCGCGAGUAUAUCGCGAUAUCGAGAUUUCGACUGUAAAAUCGACUUGUAAGAAGUGCGAUGAAAAUUAGAAAGAAAACUCCGAAAGAACCAUGGCUAAUGUGCUAAAUGUCACUAUCGUGUAUAAAUAAAAACUCGUGCAAUCGCGCUCGAAUGCGAAAUAAAUCGGGACCAAUCGAUAUAUAAAUGAAGAUACUCGUUAUUUGAAGUGCAAGAAUUUUGCGAAAGUUCGUGAUCUUUAACUUAUUUAGAUUUUAGGUAUUUUUAAUCGAGACAGUAUCGAUUAGUCGGAGACUUACAUCGAUCAUGUAGUUGCGAGACGGUGUCUCGAUGAUGAGAAACUGAAUCGCGGAUGGUGUUUUAGAAUUAAGUGGUGCGAAAAACGACAUUUUUCGGCAAUUUUAUUUGGAAACUCUUAGUGUAUAUAUCUAUAAAAGUGUAAGGUGAACGCGAAUAAACGACCAUCCCCUUCGGAUUCAUCUCACGAGAUGAGGGUUCUUCAAACAUUGCUGUCAGACUAAAUCGAAUUAGAUUAGUUUCGUGUUUCCAAACGCAGUUAUAUUAAACGUAUCAUCAUUAUGACAAAGCAACGACAUCGAUCUUUUCACCAAAGAACGCGAUGAAUAUCAAAAACAGGAGACAACAUUCUUUUUAGGGAAGAUGAACGAGAUGGAGCAGAUUCCUGAGGGCUGAGAUCGCGCGGAUCUUCGAGAUGGCUGGUUGGAGAAUGCAACCGACCGCCACGGUACUCGGCGUCAUCGCCAUUGUCAUGAUCACUAUCACUACAUCAGAAACGGAGAGCGGUGCCAUCGAGCAUGGCAUCAAUCAUCUCGACGAGGAAGAUCAACGCUUCGGCGAAAGAAUCGCGACGAAUCGCACCGUUGGUUGGCCUCGUAGUAAUGAUACAGCGGCUCUCGAGGAAGUCAUUUCCGCCUUCGCGGUUGAGUAUUCGACCUCGACGAAGAGCUCGCUCUCGCUCGUUACCGUGAUUGAAGCUCACUUCGAGAACACAUCGAAGAAAUAUGCAGACGACCAGAUGAUAUUCGCCUCCAAGAGAAUCGAGGACUCGGAACAAGCGGAAGAGGCGCUAGCGACGUUGGAGCACGUUGAAGAUUUUCGAGGAACGAAUGAGUCUACGAUAGAAAAGCCAAAGAACGAAUGGCUGACAAUGACGCCGGUGGAGAAAGACGAAGAUGUUACGGAAGCGAGAUUCGAAAGCGAGCACAGAAACGCGGAGGAUAUUAGAGCGAUCUCGUUUCAAGUACCGCCGAAGGACGAGGACUAUCAAGACGGCCGACAACACGGAAAGACUAGCGUCGGCCAGAUGGACGAGACGCGAAAGCUUGGCGAAGCGAGAAAGAAUCAGUCUAGAUCCGCGAACAAUCUACUGCUAGCCGGCAAAUCGACGAAGGCUUUCUACGAAAUAAAACCGUCGAUCAGAACGCUCGAAACGGAACGCAAUCGCGAUCAUCAAUUCCAGACUACCACUCACCGAACGCUAUCGGGCAGGAAGUUUGUCUUGCCCAGCGUCGAUAGCGCCUUCGGUAAAUUUGGUCCGUACUUCGAGGACGGCGAUCGGGAGAUGAAUGUCACCACGAGAAUUGGCAGUACCGUUUUGCUAGACUGCAAAAUCGGCAUGCUAAGCGAUAAAAAGGUGACAUGGGUGCAGCAUGGUAAGGAUUCAUUUCGUCUGUUGACGGUGGGCAGAACGCCAUAUAGCAACGACCAAAGAAUCAGUCUUAAUUUUCGAUAUCCCAGCAAUUGGAGAUUGCAAAUAUUGUAUGCGACCCCGCGCGAUUCGGGAUUGUAUAAGUGCCAAGUUGCCACGCAUCCUCCAUUGGUUAAGAAAAUCAAUGUCGUCGUUACAGCACCGACUCUGACGAUCAGCGAUGAUUCCGGGCGUAUAGUUUCCAAGGAGAGGCAUUUGAAAGCGGGCAGUGUUCUCAGACUCAGAUGUGAGGCGAGGGAUGUGCUAGAAUCGUUGAACGAGUCUGUCGUUUGGACCAGAGGAGACGAAACGCUUAGCGAGGACAUUAGCGAGAACAGAACGAUGGAAAUCUCGGCGGGUAAGGAGGUCCUCGUGAUUGUCAGUACUCUCAUCGUCGAGAGGGCCAGCCCGAGGCACGCCGGGAACUAUAGCUGCAUGGUGCCUGGCAAAGCCAAGACCACCGUCGCAGUCCACGUUCUCAACGGUGAACUGCCAGCCGCCGUGCACGACGGCAACGGAGUUUCGAGAGCGUUCCUUAAUCUUUGGCUGGUUCACCUGACGAUGAGCUAUGUAUUCACCAGAUGACAGUACUAAGAUCAUUUCAUCCGGUGUCUGGAUUUCUGUUCCGGAUGCAUUUGCACGUCGCAACGGAUGCGGACAGGCAGAUGCCACGUGCACAGAUGCAACGAUGCAGCUCAGUGCAAUGAUGCGGCGGAUUGUGUACUCAUCGUCCGGAUUACACAUCAUCACCUCGAUCGGUGGUGAAUCGAUGCAAAUAAAAUCGCAUCGCACGAUCCGAUCUCGUCUCGAUGUGAUCGCAUAGUAUCAUAUGAUACCUCGUAACGAUUUACAAUGCACGGCGCAUGUCUCCGCGAAUAUGAAAUCUCGAGGAACUCGAGCAUCGGAAAUUCAUGCUAUAAUGAUUCCAAAAGGAAUCAAAGUAGUGGAUAAAAAUCAUAGCAGGAAUCCUCAACAAUUUCGAGGAGAUAGUGGACGGAAGAUUCUUCAUUGAGGUAAAAAUUUAUUAAAAGUGGGCCACAUGUAUAGUUUGUUAAGUUACUUUCGUUGAGAUAAGUUGUGAAAUAUCGAAGACUUGAACAUUUUUUGCUCAUCAUUGUCUGAUGGUGAGGAAAAUCCGCGUGUCGAUAAGACCAGACGGAGGUGCUGUGAUGGCGGAGCCAAUGACAGGUUAUAACAUAGUAUCCUUCAGAACUUUAUCUACGAGGAAAUGCCCUUCUUUUGACGCAAAUUCUUAUUUUCUUAAAUACUUGACGUAACAGCGAGAUGAAUUUGUUUACAAUAUUCUUCGUAAACAAAAAGUAAAUACAACUACUAUUAUUAAGAGCGAUAAAGAUUUAUGGUUUAUUGCAGGAUCGAUUAUUACAAAAUAUUAAG